CCAAGAAGGGUAACUCCAAUGUUAAUGUGAAAUAAUGAUUUGGCAGCUUUAGAAGGAUGAAUGACCUAAUUAUUGAAGCGUUCAUUAUACGCCCACUCUGUGCUUGUUGAGAUGGAGACGAGUAGGGAGGACUUCUUGUGCUCAAUUUGUGGUGAUAAAUUUUCUUCCACGAGAAUUUUACCUUGUUUUCACACAUUCUGUGAAAAAUGUAUCGAUGCUCUCGUAUGUAAAAGUGGUGAAGAAGAUAAGAAUUUUCAAUGUUCAGUUGAAUGCCCUAUUUGCGGCGAUGAAGUUUUGGCGCCAAAUUCAAACCUUUCAGCGAAAGAUUGGAUACGAUCUUUGCCUCGCAACUUUUUACUGGAGUCGCUGUCGAAUGCUGGCAGAGGCGGGAACAAAUGUGACCCUUGUUUUAGAGCCACGGAAGAUACAGUAGCGACGUAUCAUUGCGAGAACUGCAAUGAGAAUCUUUGUGAGAUGUGCUACUCCUAUGUCCACCGUCGUAUAGAGGGAUUUCAGGAACACGUUAUUUUAGAGCACGCAGUCGAAGAGGACAACCAGAACACUACCAGUACAUGUGUUCUGCAUACAAAUGAAAUCCUGGAGAAAUACUGUACCUCGCACAAGCUGCUCUGCUGCAAAAUCUGUAUGGUAACCGAUCACAGAGCUUGUUCUGAAGUCAAGCCUAUUGAUAGCAUUGCUAAGCAGGAGAAUACACACGAAGUACCAAAGGAAGUCCAGUCUAACGUUGUAUCUGUCAUAGAAAAGACAGACUCGGCUCUGAUCCCUGUAAACGAGGCAGUAGAAGGUCAUGAUAUGAAAUACGUCGAUUAUAGCAAAACGGUUUCAUCAACUGUCGACAACAUGAAGAAGAAGCUAGAAGAAAUGCGUAAUAUUUUUAACGAAAAACUUAAAGAAACGCAGAGAAAGGAAGUAAAUUACCUUGCUUCUGCCAAAAAACAUUUAGAAGCAUUUCUUAGAACAGUCGCAGAGGCUGAAAAAUUGCUGAAAAUCGUUGCAAUACGGGGAACGCGUAGACAAAUGUUUGUCACCGUUUUGAAAGUAAAGUCCCAAAUUCAGAAACAAAUUGAACGACUGGAAAAGCAAUACGGAAAACAAUUUGAUUUUGACUGUCAAUUGAACACCGAAGUUGAGGAAAUGAGCGAAAUCGAAUACAUAGCACAGUUGGACGAAAACGACGUCGAAACAGUUGGCAUUGAUGAAAUUUCUGAAGCACUAAAUUCAUUUGAAGACAUUUUUCAGUUUGAUGACUCUGAACCAAAAACUCAGGUAAAUCCGUCAAAAUUGAAAGCAAGGGAAAUAGCGAAAUACGACGAAGAAGUGUCACGAUACUGUUCUGACUGUGUUCCUUUAAAGGACGGUACCGUUUUGCUCUUGGAGAUCGAAAAAAUUCAAGCGUUGAGCGAAAAAAACCUGUACACUCUAUAUGAAUUACCAGGUAAUGAUGACUUCAAGUUAUCGAAAAUCUGUUUGGAUGAAGAGGAAAAACGAGUGUUUGUCCUCACAAGCGACGAGAAAAUCAUAACAUUUACAUUUCAUGAGAUGAAGUUACAGCGGGUUGGACACUUUCAAACUAACAUCGAGAUUGCAGGAUUUCGCUUCUUUUCAAAUAAGUUCUACUGCCGACUGUGUCGCAGUGAUGAAGGCAUUGCAGUUCUUAAUGAAAGUGGAAAACUUUUGCGUUUUCUUCCAGGACCCAUAAAUGGUCAGGAGAUUGCGCUCUCCAAAGACGGACGACGCAUAUACUUUGAUAACCACCAGAGCAUAUUUUGGCAAGAUGUGGCGGGUAGCCAGUCUGUCGGGAGGGCGGAAUCGGAUAAUCAUAGUUAUUCCCAGAGCUUUUGUGGAUUGGAUAUAGAUCACUACGGUAAUGUGUAUGUCUGCGAGACUUUGCGUUACGAGGUUUUGCAAGUCCCUAGAGGCGAGGAGACAGCGUCCAGAGUCAUUUUAGACCAAGAUUCAGAUUUACAGCCACUUUUUCUUAGGUUCGAUCGUGAAGGGAAAAAGUUCUGCGUUUUGUACUCUGAUUAUUCGUGCGACGGAUUAGUAAAAGUCUUCGAUCUAUACAUCGAUGAUGAAAAUGAAGAAAACAGCGAUACUGAAUAGAAGAGAGAUACUUUUUGAAGAACUGCUGCUGGGGCAAUAUUAUUGCAUAUUCGUAAUGAAUCACAAAUGUUAAUGGAGUCCUCAGAUUUCCUUAGAGUUAGCACCUUAAAUUUUUAAGAUCUUUUUAUCAAAUGCCAUAACAAAUGUAUUACAAAAUCUUAAAUAAAGACAAACCAGAGUCUGUGCGAAUUAUAUCCUACCAAGGAGUCGUGUUCACCAGAUAGUGACUAAGUCAAAGAUGAUCAAGUUUGAUUCACACCUAUUUUAUAGUUUUGAACUUUAAUGCAGUGAUCGUUAUUUGUAUUCAAGUUACCUGCCAGUCCCAGAAUCAUGAAGCAUCUUAAGCUUAAGCAAAAAUCUUCAUAUUGUACUUUAUUGUUGUGGAAGUCAAGUGGAUCAAAAUUAAAAUAAGUUUCAAUACUUAUUCACAAAUGUGCUGUUCUUUGCAAAUUUUGAGAUGAAUACAGUAAUUAAUAAACAUUUUACAGGUGAUCGAAAAUUUGACUUAAGUCUAAGUUUGUUUCUUGAUCCUGUAAUUUACAUAGUCAUGUAAGUCACUUUUUUAUAUAUAUAAGAGAUAUGGUCAAAGCAUUGCAUUGUGGGUGGGUUUUUUUCUGUUAUGAUAAGUUCCAUUAAAAGGUACAUACUCGU